AUUAUAUAUUUUGAAAUGAUUAUUAUAGUGUAUGUGGCAGGCUAGCUACUUUAAUUUAUUUCUACACUUAUUCAAGUGGAAAAGAGAAUUAAAGCUUUCUCUCUUGCUUUUUCCAGCUACAAAUAUGGACUCCAUUUCCCCAUCUUAACACACAUUCCAUAACCUCACAAAAAAUCUCUCCUCUCUCUCUCUCUCUUCUCUCUCUCUAUAAUCAAACCAUGUCUACAGUUAUGCAAACUCAUCUAGAAACCCAAUUCAAAGAAACAAGAACCCUAACUCUCAAACUAUCACCACCACCACCACCUUCUGAAAAAACCCAAAAAAACUGCUGGAAUUUUCUAGAAACUACACCAUCUCCCAAAUUCACCCCUUACAUCCAUCCUAGUACCAACAAAAAGUCUCAAUCUUUCUUAAUAAGCUUAGAACUAUGCACCGAAAACCUCGGAAGUGAAUCCGGUUCCGACAUGUCCGAUGACAUAUUCGACAUUCUCUCCAUGUCUUCGACUCAUGUUUUUCAUGAUCAGCCUGCUCCAAAACCAACUACUAGGGGGUUGAAUUUGAGGAAGAAGGUUGUUGAUACCAGAAGCAUCCCACCUCCAUUGACGACCAUUAGAGGUAUUAACCCUAUUAAAGUUCGGUCUAAACGUGAAGGAGGUAGGUUGGUUAUUGAUGCCGUCGAGGAGAGGGCGGUUUGUAAUUAUUUCCGGUCGGAUAGAAGCCAUGGUCGUCUCCGACUUAGUUUCUGGGAUAAUUCUGUUACUACUACUGAUGAAGAUGAAUUCGAAGAUCAAGAAAUUGAUGAGGUUGAAGAGGAUGUCGCCACGGCGGCAUCGACGCCGGAGGAGGACAUAAUUGGAAAUAAGAAAUUUCAAAGGUCAAGUAGAUGCAUGGAAGGUAACAAUAACAAGAAAGGAUUGUGUAAUUGGGAACCACUAUGGGUUGCUACUUGAGGACAAUCUUAAUGUCUAUUUUCAAAUAAAUAUUCUUUCUUGUAAA